AUGGCAGCUGUUGCAUCCGCUAGUGGAGGUGAGAGGUUUGAGACGUCGCCGGCGAUGGAUCUUCCCUCUUCCAAAUCAGCAAUAGACGCCGCGUCUGAAUCAUCUUCCUCUUCUUUCGCUGCCGAGACGCCUGAUCUCAACGAUCACUCAAAUACUUCUCCUAGUCCUAACCGUGAAGUCGAUUCUCAGUCACCGGCAGCAGCGAGGAGUGAAGAGUAUAGACAACUGUUUCGUCUUCCGACGGAGGAAGUCCUUGUACAAGACUUUAAUUGUGCAUACCAGGAGAGUAUUCUUCUUCAGGGGCAUAUGUACCUCUUUGUACAUUAUAUUUGCUUUUAUUCCAACAUUUUUGGAUUUGAGACAAAGAAAAUAAUUCCUUUCCAUGAAAUUACGAGUGUAAAAAGAGCAAAGACAGCCGGGAUCUUCCCUAAUGCUAUAGAAAUUUUUGCUGGAGGAAAGAAGUACUUCUUUGCGUCAUUCCUCUCUCGUGAUGAAGCUUUGAAGCUUAUCAGUGAUGGAUGGUUACAACAUAGUAAUGGUUUCAAUUUGAUAGCAGAACAACAGGAUUCAAUUUCUGUAUCCAGUAGCCUAGAUAAUGGAGUUGCUGUAAUUGAAAAGGUGAAUAGCUUCAAUCAAGUCAGUGAAUUCGAUUCCCCUGACAGGCAAAAGACUAUUGCUCCUCCACCUGAUUCUAAGGUUUCUCCAUCUGUUGAGAAUGACACUGUCUCGAUAACACAGAUACAAGUAGCAGAUGAAGUGGAACAGGAUGUUGAACGAGUCAGAAAUACUGAGUCUUCAUCUUCAACGUCGGGAUGGAAUGUGGAAAAUUUGGACGCGCCUCAGAUACGUGAAUCUUUUAAAGAAGUUGGAGAGACAAAGUUUCCGAUAAAGGUAGAGGAGUUCUUUAAUUUGUUCUUUUCAGAUGACACUGCUAAUUUUGUUGAAUCUUUCCAUAGUAGAUGUGGAGAUAAAGGUGCUCUUUAUGGUACACAGAUGAGAAAUUUGGGCAUGCCCGUGCAAAAUUUGGAAGCUGCCAGGAAGUCCAGAAAUUUCGAGUCUACAGAAACAGGUUCCUAUAAGCUUCAUCUGGUUAUUGAGACAUCACAAGAGAUCAGUGACGUCCCUUUUGGAGAUUGUUUUCGCGUUGAGGGACUAUGGGAUGUGACUAGAGAUGGUGAUGGAUCAAAUGAAGGCUGCAUUUUGCGGAUAUAUGUAGAUGUUGUAUUCAGCAAGAAAACUAUUUUUAAAGGGAAGAUAGUGCAGUCUACUGUGGAAGAAUGUCGAGAAGCUUAUGCAAUAUGGAUAAAUAUGGCACAUGAAUUGUUGAAGCAGAAGAACCUUGAAAAUCAAGAAGCCGAGGCAGGGUCGACAGUCUGCAAGAUUCAGGAGGGAGAAGUUCAUUCUGAAAGAGAAGUGAAGACUGGAGAAGCUUCAGAAAGCUCUUACAAGCCAAGUGGCCAUACAAGGAUGCAGCACAUGUCUGGUUCUAUGGCUGUUGGUCAACGGGCUGAUGAUCUUUUGCAGAGAAAUUUCACAAAUGAUACAUCCAUUGCAUCUUCAUUAGGAGAAUAUGCAACAAAACUCUCUUCGUUUUUCAAAAGCCAGAGCCAAAUUGCCCUAGUCUUAGUUAUUGCAUUUGCUGUGAUCAUCCUGAUGCAGGUGAGCAUCCUCGUGCUACUGAAUAGACCACAAACUGUCCAUCUGGCUUCUCCAGAAUACUACGUGAGUAGUAUGAGAGCUGGGGCUGGUGAAAAAUCAGCUGAAGCUGCCGCUUGGUUGGAGAGGCGGAUGCACCACCUUAAAGAUGAGAUGUUUAUGGUUGAGGCGAAGCUAGAGAGGUUGCACCAGGAGCACUUAUGGUUGAAAUCACAACUAGGUAUAUCAGUCGGUGCUGAAUUUUUUUCGGAUUUACUUCAUUGUCUGCAUUCUGCUAUGAAGAUUCUUGACAAUGAUUUGGAGGAGUGA